AUGCCACCCAAGGGUGCGACGCUCAAACGGGUGCUGUUGCUGCCAGCGGUACUGCUGGUGGUACUCGCACCGACCACCUCGGCAGAUCCGAUCCCGAGCAUGCCCACCGGUACGGCGUUCUCGUUCAACGCGACCAACGCCCUGCAGCUGGAGAAGCAGAAAUGGAAGUACCCGUGCAGGUCCAGUAGGCCUCAGCGCUCCAUCGGUGCGAUCCCUGACGGCCAGAUCAUCAGAAAGUCUGACGACAUCGCUAAGAUGCGGAAGCUGAUCAACCUGAUGCUGAUCGAGAUCGACGAAUAUGGUACCCUCGCGAAUACGUCCGACAACUGGAGCUCGGCGACUAAGAAGUUCGAGUUCCUGCGCCCGUUCAAUAAGAACAAGCAGAGUUGGGAGCGCCGGCUAUCGGUGUACUGGGCCUCCCUCAAGCUAGUGCUGAUGUUCCUCGAGAAGUAUCCCUGGACCGGGAUCAUCGACAACAACCAGAAGGGGGUGCUCGUAAACGUGAACAAUUACAGCAAAGACCUGCUCUGCUACGUCCAAACGGAGAUGGCGUCAGCAAACGUCACAUCGAAACCACUGAGCGUCAAGAAGAUGUCAGAGACCAUCUCGUUCGCUGUUAGUGACGCGAGCCAGAGCAAGAUCUACAUCUGGUUCAUCCUGUGCCGGCUCGAGUGCUUCAUCCGGAACAUGCGCCAACACCUCCGGAACAAGCACAACCAGGACGGCCAGCUGCGGUGUUGCCGGAAGUGCCCGUACAGCAAGGCGGAGAACAAACGCUGCAAGCUCCACAACCAGCAGCGGUUGCAUAAGCAGCAGCAGCAGCAACCCCGGCAACAGCGGCAGAGAAAGCAACAGCGGCAGAAGCAGCUACAGCAACAGCAGCACUAG